CCACCUCCGACCUAUCUACUUACCCUCCUUUUUCCUCCCUCUGCCUCCACCCUGUGUCUCUUUCUCCGUCACUCACUCUUUUCACGCAACCCUUGUUGGAAGCUUAGUGCUGGCACGGAUGAAAUACGCCGUCCAAUCCUUCGCUUCGGUCGACUUGUGGUCGCUCUUUAGACGGCAUUGUUCGUGAUCGGGAUGAGGGCGGCGCUCCGCAUCCCGCUGCGGGCUUCUCCCACUUUUGUUCCCGCGGCAGUCAUACGAUCCAAUUUUGCUCACUUGUAUUUCCCCCUGGCUCCGUUGUCGACUCCUUCUGCUCCUUCUCGUCGACUUUCCUAUGCAACUACGCUUUCGCCGGCUACCGAGCGACGCCGUGCCUGCUAUCCAACGUUACCAUCGUUUCGUGUGCGACAUGCAUCCACCUCUGCUACUUCGGGUCAGGAUGGCACGACGCAGUCUGGACACAGGAAUUCACGCAACAGGACCUUGAAAUAUGCUGUGAUCGGUGGGAUCGUUGUCGCUGCAGCAGUCGCAUACGCAGAUGAAGUUCAACAUUACUACCGUGCUGCAGCACGGACCGGCCGUGUUGUCGGUGCACUCGCUGUCUGCAUCAACGAUUAUCGUGUUACCCUCAAGCAAGAAUCAUUCACCUCGGAAGAACGGAACGAAGCGAUUCGAGCCUGUCACAAGCGCUGCGCGGAGCGUACUUUGCGUGUCCUCGAGAAGAACGGGUCGAUAUUUAUCAAAUUAGGCCAGCAUUUGAGUAGCAUGGGAUAUUUGCUCCCUAUGGAAUGGACGACAACUUUCAUUCCGCUACAAGACAAAUGCCCUAUUUCGUCUAUCGAGUCAAUUGAAGCGAUGUUCUUGGCUGAUACCGGCCGCAGCAUUGAUGAGUUGUUCUCAUCCUUUGACCCACUGCCCAUUGGCGCCGCUUCCCUCGCUCAGGUGCAUGUGGCUACGCUUAAGGAAACCGGCCAUAAGGUUGCGGUAAAAGUGCAACAUCCUGCAUUGGCAGAGUGGGCGCCCUUGGAUCUGGCAUUGACUCGAUUUACCUUCUCGACUUUAAAGCGCUUUUUCCCGGAAUAUGAUCUGGAAUGGUUGUCAAAGGAGAUGGAUUUGUCUUUGCCACAGGAGCUAGAUUUCCGGAUGGAAGCUGAAAAUGCCAUGCGGACAAGCGAGUACUUCAAGAAGCACUCUACCGCUCCACUGGUCAUCCCCGAAGUGAUGUGGGCUCAGAAGCGUAUUCUAGUUAUGGAGUUCCUCUCUGGACGACGACCCGAUGAUCUCGAAUUUUUGGACACUAACCACAUUGACCGCGAUGAGGUCUCCGCUGCAUUGGCACAUAUCUUCAACGAGAUGAUUUUCGGCGACAACGCUCCCUUGCAUUGCGAUCCACAUGGCGGAAAUAUCGCUAUCCGUCCGAACCCUAACCGUCCCCAUCAUAAUUUUGACAUCGUGCUCUACGACCAUGGGCUUUACCGUGACAUUCCUCAGGACGUGCGUCGCAAUUAUGCGAAGCUCUGGCUGGCAGUAAUAGAGGCCGAUGAGUCGCGUAUGCGGGAGUCCGCUCACAAAGUCGCGGGCAUAACGGACGAACAAUUUCCUCUUUUCGCCAGCGCCAUUACUGGAAGAGACUACAUGGUCCUCAAGAAGAAAGACAUCACCUCCGCUCGAACGUCAGCGGAGAGGGACAGCAUGUCUGGCGCACUGGGGGAAGGCAUGUUGCAACAGCUUGUCGAACUGCUGGGUCAAGUUCCUCGAAUCAUGCUACUGAUCCUUAAGACCAACGAUCUGACCCGCAGUCUUGACGAAAACCUUCACACCCGCCAAGGACCUAUGCGCACGUUCCUCAUUCUUGCACGUUACGCGACCCGCACCGUCUUCGAGGAACAAAUGGAAGCUGUAUAUGAAGCAGGCGGCCUUCUUCGCCCCGCCAAUUUCUGGCGUUUUCUUUGCGCCUGGACCGGCUUCUUGCGCGUGGAAUUAAAGCUUUCCAUCUACGAGACUCUUCUGUCGCUGAAGAGUCGCUUCGGGUUGACCUAGAGAAAGCUAUCUUUCAAUAUUCUCUGUACGGUCUUCUACGCCGCCGCCGCCGCCCCCCCCGGGAAUCUUUUCCAAUCGUGGCACAAAAGCCAAAUGCCCUUUCUUGGACUUUUGAGCGUGAAGUACUCAGAUGCUUAUGAGGACCGUCGCUCAGUUUCGUACGGUUUGCGCAUUUUAUGGCGUUUCCCCCAAUUUCCUUGUGAUGUGAUCCAUCGUGCAUCUUGUUUCUUUAGAUCUGGAUUUUUAGAGUAUUCCAUUGAGAAAAACCAGGUGUAUAUUAAGUGGUUUACAUAAAUAGAUAUAAAUAUGCUUUCCUC